AUGGCGGAGACCCUUUCUCCAGCCCUUUUCCUGGCAACGGUCACACCCGACGGUUCCCCGCAUCCUCAACGGUCUAAGUCACUGCGCAAAACCCGCUUUGCCAGGGACAAAGAUGGUGGGCAGGAAACUCUGACGUCAGAUAACCUCGCCGCGCCACGUCAUCGGGGUGCGCGGGAGGCCCGGAAAGGCUGGCGUCUCUGCCGCCUUCCAGACCCGAAGAAAAGUCCUUUCCACCUCCGGAUUCCCUUCCUCCCUCUGCCCCUAGCUCCGCCGCCUGCAGGAACACAGGGCUCGGCCCCGGGCCCAAGCUACGACUCCCGGAGCCAGACGUGUGCGCGGCGCCCCAGACAACUUGUCAAAAAGACGUCCGCAGAGAGACGUUCAGGGCUGCAGCCUUCCCGCGAGGCUCCCAUGCAGAGCCAGCUACGAAAGGCGUCCCCGGAGUCCCCGUGCUUUCUAUUUCCGGGUGCGUCUUCCGUCAUAAAGCGGAGACGUCGCUUCUAACGUGGCGUCGUGGG